UCACUUUGAAUCCUUGCCCGUCAAACAAAAUGUUGACAUUCUCUGUCAUCUGUUUGUAAGUUGGAACUCAUAAUUUCGAAAUGAUUUAUUUCCUCGUCGAAUUUUAAUUGUUUACCACCAAUUUCCUAUUAAGAUAUACUUAUUUUUGUUCCCUGAUUAUCCUUACUAUGGCGCAAACUACCGCCAUAUCUGAUAAUAAAGAGAAGAACAAGAAGAAAGCAAACCUGCCAAAAGAAUUGCUCGAUCUUAUUUACAUAUUUCCAAAAAAGGAUGGCGAAUUGAGACAGUGUGGAUUAUGUAAGUUAGAGCUUACAUCUAAUGUCGUAGCAAAUUCUCACUAUUCCGGACACAAGCAUAAAAUGGCUGUUAAUUCGUGGCUAAGGGAGAACGGACAUGAACAUCUUAUCGAGGGUGGACCUGCCGUGGUGCCGGCGGCGGCGGCGGCGGCGACGACGACGACGACGAAAAAAUCCAAGAAGAAAAAGAAGAAACGAAAAGCCGAUACGGAUUUAAGCCUUGAUGAAAUAUGUGGUCCUUCGUCAUCAUUAGGAGGGAAUGUUAGCAAGAAGGCGAAGAAAGACUCUGGUGGAUUUUGUACUGUAUGUGACAUCCAUUUGAGUUCGGACGCUGUGGCGAAGGAUCAUUUCGAAGGGAAGAAACAUAAGAAAAAAUUUCUUGAGUCAAGAAGGGACGGAAACUUCGAGCCUGGUAAUUUUGGAAUUGGGGAAAUGUUCAAGCCAUUUUAGAGUUAAUUAUUUAAAGUUCAACUGAUUGUAAUUACACAAUUUAAACAACAUAAAAACACACUAACGUAACCUCAGCUUAAACUAGACAUUGUAGACUACAAUUUACCGAUAUUCAUCCAAUAUUUUAGAGUAACAAACACAUGGAAGCUAUAAUAAUAAAUAAAUUUUAAUUGA